UAAAAUGAAGAACUGGGUAUUACUAUUAUUAUUGUUGCUGGUUUUCCUACUAAAAGUUGAAGAAAAAGUAGUAAAAGGAGAGAAUGAAUUUAUCACAACAAAAGGGGUAAAAAUGUGGUUAAAUGGGAACCCAUUUUAUGGAAAUGGGUUUAAUGCAUACUGGUUAAUGUACGAAGGAUCCGACCCAUCUGAGAGGCACAAAGUUUCAAGUGUUUUUCAAGAAGCUUCAAAUCAUGGCCUCACCAUUGCAAGAACUUGGGCUUUCAGUGAUGGUGGUUAUAGACCUCUUCAAUAUUUUCCUGGCUUUUAUAAUGAACAAAUGUUCCAAGGUUUAGAUUUUGUGGUAUCAGAAGCAAAGAAGUAUGGGAUAAAGUUGGUUUUAAGCUUGGUGAAUAAUUAUGAAGACUUUGGAGGGAAGAAACAGUAUGUGGAGUGGGCUAAGAGUAAAGGAGAGUCUAUAUCAUCAGAGGAUGACUUCUUCACUAAUUCUGUUGUUAAGGGAUUCUACAAGAAUCAUAUUAAGACUGUAUUGACAAGAGUAAAUAGCUUCACUGGAGUUGCAUACAAAGAUGAUCCUACAAUUAUGGCUUGGGAGCUUAUGAAUGAGCCCAGAUGCCCUUCAGAUUUAUCUGGAAAAAUUCUUCAGGAUUGGAUCACUGAAAUGGCUCCCUACUUAAAAUCAAUAGAUGCAAAUCACCUUCUCGAAAUUGGAUUAGAAGGCUUCUAUGGAGAUGAUAGGAAGCAAUACAAUCCAAACAACAUCCAAGCAGGAACUAACUUUAUUACUAAUAAUCAAGUUCCUUCCAUAGAUUUUGCUACUGUCCACUGUUACCCAGAUCAAUGGCUAUCUGGUUCAACUGGUGAAGCACAACUCUUGUUCCUUUCGCAGUGGGUGCAACAACAUAUUUUGGACUCACUAAACAUCCUUAAGAAGCCAGUAGUAUUUGCAGAGUUUGGUAAAUCAUAUAAAGUUGCAGGCUACACCUCAUCUGAUAGAAAUCAACUCUAUAAUAUCACCUACUCUUCCAUCUAUACAUCAGCCAGCGAAGGCGGGCCUGCAACUGGUGGGUUGUUCUGGCAGCUGUUAGCCAACGGAAUGGACAAUUUCCGAGAUGGAUAUGAGAUAGUGCUAGGGGAGGAACCUAACAUUACCGGAAUAAUUUUCGGAGAGUCGCAUAAACUUUCCAGGCUAAAGAAGUACUCUCAGGUGAGAAAUACUGAGGAAGCAAGGAGCUGAUAUAAGUCAUUAGUAGGUCUAGCUAGGGAAUAUAUUGGUGGUUUUUUUUUUUUUUGAAGAAAGCUACUGUGAAAAUUUCAUGUAUAUAUACAUAGACAUGAGGGAACCUCCUAGUUUAGGUUACAUGAAAUCGUAAUCAUGCAAAAAUCUAAAUUACAAGACUGUCUUAUAUAGUUGUGUUCUUCAAAAUGAUAAUUAUGCUUGACUUGAUGUAAAAGCCUUCGUUAGGUCUAUCAUUAAUGCACGAGUGUAGUAUCAUGUAUGUCAAAGGACCAACUUAACCAAAAGUUUAACCCAACCCCACCCCCACAA